GGAAAAGACAGCAAAAGAGAAGAAGCAAAAGAGAUCGGAAGGGUAAAAACAACCGGGAAAGAGUUAGAGAGAAACCUCAAAGCAACACCACAGAACUGGAAAAAGGAAAGAGGAAGUGAUGUCAUUUCUCUUCUGGCUCAGCCUUUGGUGCAUUAUCAGAGAAGCCACUGUCACAUCCCCAGUUUUGCUGAACUGUUCAGUUGCAAAGGAAAACAUACAUCUUCCUACAGAUGACAAGACCGAUUUGGGGAAAAAGCAGCAUUUCAGAAGUGGCCUUUUUAACAAGAGCGAACUGAAUUCAUCCUUCUCCCCAAUGUUUACCUGGAAUGCUUCCCAUUCUGUGAGCUCUGAAUGUGACUGUAUCAUGGACUUGUUAGCCUGUUUGUUGAGAGACCGUAUUCUAGCUGGGUUCAUGGUCUUCAUCUUCAUUUUGGGCCUGUUGGGAAACCUAAUCCUCUUCUUUUUUCUUCUCUUCCACUUCAAGAGGAAUUUGUGGAACACCUGCAUUUGGAAUUUAGCCAUUGGUAGCUUUGGGGUCCUUAUCUUUCUGUGCAGCAUUUGCCUUUUAGCGUUCAGUAACUAUAUUUGGGAGAACUCCAGCGAUGCCCUGGUGAAAUUGCUGCUACCCUUGGCAUACCUCUUGCUGGUCAUGCAGGGUUAUAUCGUUCAUUUUUUCACAUCCAUCGGGGUGGAUUGGUGUUUUGCCCUUCUUUCCCCCAAUUGGCAUCAGUGCCAACUCUCAACCCAUCUGUCCUAUGCCAUACCUGCCAUUUUGUCUGUCCUUUUCUGGCAUCUAGCUUGCCAGCUCUUAUUCUGCUUCAGCUUGAGGAUUGACCCUCACACCGUCGUUGUUGUCUUCCUCAUGAUUUUUAUUCCCAUUAUGGUCAUCUCCUCUCAAACCCUGAUUAUGAGGAUUUGGUGCACUCUGCACCAGCAAGGGAAAAUCUCUCUACAAAUUGUCCUGGGCAUCUUAUUUUCACUGGUCACUUGGGGACCCAUAUACUUAUUUCUUACGCCAGGUGACCAUUUUGCCCUCAUCUCAGUAUUUGCCUUUGUGCUCACAUCCGUUAGCAGCACCAUCAACCCCGUAUUUUAUAUUCUUAUUGGUAAAGUACUUCUUCCUGAUGCCAGAAGCAAAAGAUUUCAUUUCAGGAAGGAGAGAUCCGCUAAGCCAUUGAGACUUUGAUCAUAUUUGGGCCACAAAAGAAGAAAUGCAAAGAACUGAAUCCGAUACUUGAUGGGAGACUGUGUUUUGUUUGCUUGGUUUCCUUUUGUGAACAAACACAAGCAAGUCUAUGCUGGAUAUAAUAAAAUCUUAAGUGUUGAAUCAAUGCCCAAUUGAAUAAAGCUUAUACUUUUAAACUG